CCAUCGGGUCCGCCUGUGACUUCCAAGUGUUUCUAUAUUUUAAUUCGCUAGAUAGGACGCCUGUCUUGCCUUUUUAGGAUGGUGAUUGGCUAAGGAAGUGUCCCCUGCCGAAAGCCUGUGGUGUGGUCAGUUGUGUGGAACAGGGGCCCCCAUCAUGCAGCACUUCAACAGAAAGUGUUCUAUGCCCGAGAGGCUGAUCCGUACCAUCUCCUCCAUCCGAUCUCUGCCAGGGGACAGUGUGGAGUCUCUGAUUCGAAAGGGCGCAGACGUCAACUGCCCACAUGACACUCUGAUGCCGCUGCAUAGCGCCUGUAUGGUGUGUGAUCCAGACUGUGUGGAGCUACUGCUGGAGAAUGGAGCUCAUGUGGAUUCUCAGGAUGGGUACCAGCGCACUGCCCUGCACUAUGCAGCUGAGAAGGAUGUAACGUGCGUUGAGAUCCUCAUAGAAUACGGCGCCAAUCCAAAUGCCCUGGAUGGAAAUCAAGACACACCAUUGCACUGGGCAGCUUUCAAAAACAAGGCAGAAUGUGUGCUGGCUCUCCUCGAAGGUGGCGCCAAAGUGAAUGCAAGAGACUACAACCAGGACACUCCUCUGAGUUGGGCAGUCAUGAAGGGCAAUUUAGAAAGUGUGCGGCUACUGCUGGAACAUGGGGCACAGCCAGACACUGUCAACCUAAAGGGACAGUAUCCUGCAGGACGCUUGGCGGCACUCAUGGGGCGAGGCCUUGGUGGUGAGAGGGAGGAGGAAUGUCUGGAACUACUUAUUAGAGCUAGUGGUCAACUACGAUUUAAAAAAGGGGGAGGGUUACCCCCUGAAGCAGCCCGUGAUGCCCAUCUGUGCCAACGGUUUACAGAACUAUGCUCAUAUCCAUGUUCCUUAAAGGCCAUAUCCAGGCGAGUAGUGAGGGGCAGCCUUGGCGAGUGUCUGCUAUCCAAAGCUGUGACUGAACUGCCUGUCCCUAGAUCCGUUCAAGACUACCUACUCCUCAAGGAAUAGCUAGACAUGCAUGUUCCAAUGGCUGCCCAGAGGUGCAGUCAUAAUACUUUUGUUUAAAGGAUCACAAAUGGCAGCGUUUGUCCUUUUUCAAUUAUCUGAACUUUAUAAAAAACAAUUUUCUUACCUGAUUUAUAAAAGGAUAAGCAAGUUCAUCUUUAAUAGAGAGAAAUCCUAUUACUGUGAAGGGUGCAACCAUAUUGCUUCUUGUGAACCAUCAGUAACAGUGAGAUGUAGAUAUAUUACACUAUAAAUUCUGGGGGACAUUGACCAUAUUGGACUCUGGGUUAUCAUGUUCAGAACCAUGUUGUCCCCUUGCUUAGAGAGCCAUAUUAUUAGGAUCCUUCACCGUUUCAUCGACUUCCUGUGUUUGCCCCAUCACUUUGUCUGGAAUUGAUUACUUGAGCCUGUGUAUUUCCGCUGGUGAUGGAAUGCUGUCAGUGCUUGGGUUGCUUGCCACAUGCUUGAAUAGCAACUGCUUGUCAACAGUGGCGACAGGAAGUUGCAGCCUGAGUAAUAGACAUUUAUUUACCAGCGGCCCAGAUGCCUAGUGUGCCAUAGGCUUAAAGUUCUCUGCAAUUCACUAGAAGUAUAGAACACCGCGUGCCCACAAUAAAACCAUCUUUAUUUAAAGGUGAA